CAUGGAGAGUGUUCUGGAUUAAACGUGGAUUCGAUAACAGUAGCAUUGUCCUACGAUUGGCAAUGUAAUGAUUGCAAGAGCUGUAUGGUCUGUUUUUGCAAACAUGAUGAGGAAGAAAUCUUAAUCUGCGCUUCGUGCGACCGAGGAUGCCAUACAUUCUGCUGUGAUCCGCAAGUCGCUAAUAUACCCGAACGUAAAGCAUGGGCAUAG